UAGACCGAUGAUGACGUAUACUGUACUAAAGAGUUUCAAGGUUUGGGUUUCGAAUAACCUCCUCCUUCCAGUUUUCAUUCCCCUUUUAUUUUCCUCGGCUCUCAAACCCCAAAACCACAACCACGAUAAAACUAAAUCCUAUUUCAAUUUCCCCUAAUUUCAUUCAAUUUUAAACCCUAAUUUUAUAUUUUCCCUCCCAUUUUAUUUAUUCUUCUUUCAUGGAGAAAUUUAUUAAUCCUUCAUCAACAUCGAUUAAUUAAUAAUAAUAAUAAUAAUAAUAAUAAUAAUAAUAAUAAUAAUAAUAAUCAUAUAAUUAUUAAUAAUAAUCAGGUCAUCCGCCGUAAAGGUUGACCGUCAGAAGUUGUAUAAUUUGUUAGCGGAUUGGAACUCAACCAAAAUAAACAAUGGGAAGUGCAUUUAACCCACAAAUAUUGGUUGAGAAGCUGGCCAAGCUCAAUAGUUCACAGCAAAGCAUCGAGACUCUGUCACAUUGGUGUAUAUUUCAUAUGAAUAAGGCAAAACAAGUGGUGGAAACUUGGGCUAAACAAUUCCACUGUUCUCCUCGUGAUCAGCGCUUGGCUUUUCUGUAUCUUGCAAACGACAUUUUGCAGAAUAGUAGGAGAAAGGGUGCAGAGUUUGUUGGUGAAUUCUGGAAGGUUCUUCCAGAUGCACUCCGUGAUGUGAUUGACCAUGGGGAUGAAUCGGGAAGGAAUUCUGCAUUACGCCUGGUCAACAUUUUAGACGAGAGAAAGGUUUUUGGUUCUCGAGGGCAGGUUCUGAAGGAAGAACUUGUUGGAAGGCACCGGGAAACGAGUGACAGAAAUGGGAAGCAGCUAGGGACGAAACUGCCUGCUGGAAAUGCAUUGGACAAGAUAGUUUCAGGGUAUCAAACUAUAUAUGCUAGUCAAGUCAAUGAAGAUGCUGUGAUUGGUAAAUGCAGAAAUGCCAUUAGCUGCGUUGAGAAAGUGGACAAGGAAAUUGGUGGCGAUAUUAAAUCUGCAAAUGGGUCAGGUGUUGUGGACGAGCUUAAGGGGCAGCAUGCUGCCUUGAGGGAGUGUAUACAGCAACUUACAGCUGCUGAAUCAUCAAGAAUAAAUCUCAUGUCUUAUUUGAGGGACGCUCUUCAAGAGCAGGAAACGAAGCUUGACUUAGUCCGUAGUCAACUCCAGGCUGCACAUGUGCAAUCAGAAAAGGCUGAUAAUCUCUGCAGGCAAUUGGGUAAUCCUAAUGGCAUUCAAUCCCCACCUGAUCAGGCUAUGAAAGAAACUCACCCACCCAACGUACAAGGUUACGUUCCUGUGACAUGUGAACAGCCUGCCACUGUGAUGUACACACGACAAACAUCUCAUCCUGAUGAUACUAAAUCUGCGGCUGCUGCAGUGGCAGCAAAGCUCACGGCGUCAACAUCUUCAGCUGAGAUGCUCACCUAUGUCCUCUCGUCGCUAGCAUCUGAGGGCGUAAUUCGCAAUUCUAUUAAAGAGUCGCCGUCAAAUGAUUAUCCAUCAAAGAGAAACAAGAUCCAGAACGACCAACCUCAACCUUACAUACCGUCACCACAAAAUGCUCAACCACCAGCUCCACCUUUCCCACACCCAGAGUCUCAAGAUCCACCACCACCGCCUCCAUCAUCUCCCCCACCUAUGCCACCAAUGCCACCAAUGCAGCCAUAUCCAAUGUCUCAAUUCAUGCAGUCUCCUGGGACGGUACCAUAUGCCCAUGGCAUGAACCAACAAACACCAACUAUGUCUAUGCCUGGAUUUCCGCCUGCUGGCCCCCCAACCAAUGGCGUUUCUUCAUAUCCAGAUAAUUACCAGAAUUAUCAAAUAGAAGGUGGUUUCUAUAGCCAACAACCAGCCAUGCCGAUGGCACCUAGACAGUAGGACAUGUCACCAAAUAUGUAGAAGAAAUCCGAGUGUUAUGCUUCAUAGAUUUUUGCACAUUAUUUAGAUGCCGUUUAAGUGUUAUACAAGUAUAAAGUUGAUGAUUAUUUUAAUGAAUAGUUGACUAGAUAUUUGUGUGUU